AUGGAGGAGUCGUCGGCGGAGGAGGCGGAGUCGCGGCCGAUGGAGGAGAGAGCUUGGGCGGCGGAGGAGUCGUCGGAGAGAGAUUGGGCGGAGGAGGAGGCGUCGCGACCGAUGGAGGAGCUAACACCGUACUUACAGAAAUACCCUCGGAGACAGUUUUUGAUCCCCUCUCUCAGGGGAUCGCAGCGGCGAAAAAAGAAAAAAAUUCUCGCGGAACUAUCCAUCGAAGAAGGGAAGCGAAUCGCGAUGGCGUCAGCGGGAUCGAUGGCGGCGGCACCGUUCUGGAGAGCCGCGGGGAUGACGUACAUAACCUACUCCAACAUCUGCGCUUCUCUCGUCCGCUCGUGCCUCAAGGAGCCCUACAGGGCCGAGUCCGCGUCCAGAGAAAAGGUCCAUUUCUCAGUUUCCAAAUGGGCCGGCGGGAAGCCCGAGAAGCCGACCAUCCGUACAGACUCCCCUGAUGAAUGAGCUUCAUUGAAGAUCUUCAGUGUCCUUUGUUAGUCAUGCGGAGAUUUAAUUUAUUGUCUGCUGCUUUUCAUUCGCGGGUGAGACAGUUUUGGGCAUUUGUUCAUGCCAUAAUAAAUAUUUACAAUGUUGGUGUAAACCAUCUCCAUUUGAUAUUGUGUUAGUGGGAAGCUCAGAGGAUUCCUAAACUUGCUUAUCUGUUUAUAUUACGAUGAUGUUUACAUCAAACAGUAGUUCUUGAGCUUCAACUUGAGUAUGAAAUUGGCAGGUUAUUUUCUGAUUCA